AUGUUAUAUUUAUUGAUUCUCUCCUAUCCAUUUCUCUUUAAAACAUCCCAACUGUUCAAAUUACUCCAUCUUCCAACUGUGGCUCUUCGAAAUGUGAUCCAGCUUCUGAAUCCCAUUGAAUUAUUCGAGUUAUCCCAAUGCUCCCGAAGAGCCCUCUCCAUCAUCCCGCUAUCCGGUAGCAAAAAGUUUAAGCUUUGUAUGAAUCAAUUUUCUAGCUCCAUCCAUAUCAAUGGCUACUCUUUUCGUAUUUAUAAAAAUAGCUCCCAAUCUGAAUAUUCUCUGCAUGGAAACCGUACUUUUAUGGAGUCAACAGCGAAGAUUUCCCACCAUUCAGAGCGAGAGCUCUGGAGUUUUUGGGAAGAUCAACUUGUCGGAUUGAAAGCAGUUCUCUUCCACCUCUCAAAAGUUUUCAAUUGUCAUAUUGAAUGUGGAAGGUUCACAGAUACAAUUCCUGCAGCAUUCUACAUGUCGAUUAUUGAUUUCAUCAGUACCCGUCAGUCUGACAUCAAAAAACUCCAUGUCAAUGGGCAAAACCUCACUGAUAAGAACAUGACUGAGAUAUUUGAUAAAUUGAGAGUCACUGAUCGUCUAGUUAUCGGACAUAAAUUUUCUGUACCUCCAUCAAUUCCAUUGAACCACUCGAAAUCCAUCGAUAUUUGGAACUCAUGCUGGAUCACAACUGAACACUUGAAUUCAAUGAGGAAUAGUACUGUAAUUCAGUUAGAUUGUUCUAAAUUAACAGAUCAUGAUAUGACAUCAUUCUUGAACGACUGGAAAUCUGGAAAAUUUCCAAAUCUUCAAUAUUUAUUCAUCCAAAGCAGAUUUCUGAGCAAAACCUUCACCGCAUUCGGACUUCCGUCACUUCAAGAUACUGUAAAUCCACGAUUUCAUAUAAAAACCAUUCUCGGUUUACCUAGAACUACUUAUGGAGCUAUUGAUGUUCAAAGAGAUGAUGGAGUUGUUGCAAAAGUUAGUUUCAAUGAGAAAGAUGGAGAUUUGCGUAUUCUGGUGUUGUAA